CUUUGCCAGGACAGUAGAUGUCCUUAGACAUUUAGGACACAGAAGAGAGACAUAAUCUUCUUCCCUUGCUGGACAAGUAAAUAUGCUCUGGCUGUCUGAUCCAAACAGUUACACCUGUCCAAGCAGGAAAUCCCAAGCUCCAUAUCAGCAAUGAAAUAUGGAUUCUGCAUACUUGCAACUGCAUGGCAGAAAGGGUCUUUGUGAAUGGAGACCAUGAAGAAGCCUGUGACCCCUAGGUCCUUUUGCAAGAUUUCAAGAUUCCAGACUUUCUUCCACACAAGCUUUGUGCCAAUUCCAACAUCAAUAAGGAUCAGCUGUGCUGCAGAUUUGCAUCUGUGAGAAUCACUCUGAAGACCCAGCUUUAUAGCGUGAACAUCCUAGAGUUGCCAGAGUUGAAGUACUCUGUGAAAAUCAACCCACUUUAAAUAGUCUUGUGUUUCCUACCAAGAAAAUGAGGCAUCUAGAAUCUCUAGGCAGCUGAAGAGACGAUGUCAGGACAGCGUAUGAUCCCUGAGGGAGGAGGGCUGCAUGGAGGGCUAUGAAGAAUCUGGGUGUGCCUCUUGAGACCUGCCAGAAAUCUCUCCAGGCUCAGAUAACUCAAAGAGAAGGACCUGCCUCCCGUAUCACAGACAAGAUGGAGCUGCUGAAGGGACUGCCAUGGCAUCGUGGUUUUCUGGCUGUCAUCCUGAACCUGCUGGCUCUCACCCUCUCCACAACUGCCUUGCUUGUCAGCUACUGGUGCACUGGGACCCAGAAAGUGCCCAAACCCUUGUGUGGGAAGAGUAAAGACACUAAAUGCAUCGGUGUCCCCAUGCCACAUGACGCAGGUGCUAGCAAUGUUUCAUCCCAGGAUGUGGUGCACUACAGCUGGGAGACCGGGGAUGAUCGCUUUGCCUUCAGAUACUUCCACACGGGGAUGUGGCUUUCCUGCGAAGAGAGCAUGGAGGGGCCAGAAGAGAAAUGCCGUAGUUUUAUAGAGCUUUCACCACCAGCAGAGAGAGGAAUCCUGUGGCUAUCACUGGGAUCAGAGAUGCUGUACAUCAGCUUGCUGCUCAUCAGCUUCAUUCUCCUGAUGGUGGAAAUGCUGUAUACUGGCAAUCCGGUCUGUGGGUUGAAGCUCAAUGCCUUUGCUGCUGUCUCAUCAGUGUUGUCAGGUCUCCUUGGGAUGGUGGCACACAUGAUGUAUACUCAAGUCUUCCAGGCAACGGUUAAUCUUGGACCAGAAGACUGGAGACCACACUCCUGGGACUACGGCUGGGCAUUCUACAUGGCCUGGGCCUCCUUCACCUGCUGCAUGGCCUCUGCUGUCACCACUCUCAACACCUACACCAAGACAGUGCUGGAGUUCAAAAGAAACCACAUCAAGGGCUAUGACGGGAGCUUCAAGGAUCAGCCUCAGCACCACCAAUGCUUUGUACAGCAGCAAAUAAGCAGCUACUAUGAUCCCCAAGGCAAGCCCGUCCAUUCAGUCUCUGAGGCAGUCGAAUUCUACUCCAAGCUGCAGCAGAAAGUGCUACAGCAGGAACCAGAGCUGGAGCUGGAUGAAGUCUUGGGACAGACGAUUGGGGAGGAUCACUGUUAGGGAUGAG